AUGUCCGUCGCUAAUGUCCUUAUGCGCCGGGGCACCGAGCUUGCUGUCACUCACAUGCAGUCCUCGAACAAGCCUGAGCACGAUGAAGCCAAUCCAGGCUUGGUCGCUUUGUUUGUCAUUACUGCUACCUUGUUUGGUAUUGCUUUCUGGGCUAUCGAGUAUACCUACGGAAUGAUGAUCUCCACUCUGGCCGCAGUUGAAGAUACCAACCCCGAUAUUUACGUGCGCAUUACUUCCGAUCCCGAUCCCACCAAGCCAGUCAAUAGCCAGGAAGAUCCUGAGCUGGUUACUCCUACCCCCUUGAAGCCCAUCACCAGCAAGCUGCGCACCACCGUGAAGCACCUGCGCUCCCGUGCUGGCUACUGGUCUCGCUUCCGUGGACUGGGCAUGUUUAUGGCCUAUAACGUGGCCCGUGGCUUCCUCUCAUCUUUCUUCCCUGUCUCUUCAUACAUGCUCCAGUUUGUCGUCCAGUCUGUCAUCAGCGUUGUUCUGGCUACUUGGCAGAUGGCCUGGGUGCACAUUGUCAUCUCCGAGCCCUCCCCAAAGCGCUUCUACCAGCGUAUCCCCAGCUAUAAGACCUGGAUUAAGAUUGCCCCCGCUGCGGCUCUCCAGGAUGUCCUCACCGCUGCUGGUUUCUUCAUCCCUAUGGCCGUUGCUAAUUUCGCUGGCUGGCUCGAUACUCCCGGCGACCAGGAUACUCAACCUAUUGUGGCCUUGUACCGUUUACUGGGCGUCAGUGUGGUUCCUGUCAUCCUAGCAUUCCUGAUCUCCAUGCCUGCUCGUGUUAUCUUUGUCCGUGUGGCUGCCUCCAUGCUGCCCGAGGAGGAUGAGACUAUUGUGCCAUUCGAUCGCUCUUUCGGCGGCAAAGUCAGCCCUGCCAUCACCGGUGGCAGUGGUAAGAUUGGCCUCAUGGAUGCAUGGACUACCUUUGACUGGGCUGCCCGUGUCCGCUUCGCCAAGGUUAUUGGUAAGACAUUUGCCAUGCAGGUGGCGCUUACUAUCUUCGCCACUCUCGUAUUUGGUGUUGAGAUCUUUUUGCUUUUCAAGACCGCCAAGCCCAUUGACUCAGAUGCUCCUCGUAUCCAACUGAGCUUUGAGUAA